UUUUGCCCUGGCAUACAGGGCAUCAUUAGAGUAAAUCAUGAAGAGCAAGAAAAUAAUGCUUGGAGUGUCUAGAAAUUGUAGCUGGAUCCAUUUUAAAAUAGAACAAUCAUUAUUUUGUGGAGUUUCGUUGAUACAGAGAACACCCCAGCAAGCAACGCAACUGUAAAUGCUUGAAAUUUGCGAAUGACGACUUAUGUUUCCAAUAUUAACAUCAAUUUGUAAAUUUAAGUGCAAUAUAAGAUCCCUCACAAAACUUCACACCGAUAUUCGAAAGAGAAGUGGACGAAAUCAAUAUUUACCUUUACCAAAAUUUUAAGGGCUCAGUAUGGUGCAAGUUCCUUUCUGCCACUAUUCAAAAUGGCGGAACCUUCGACGCUUCUAUACAUUGUCUGGACAAAAUCAUAUUAACAUCAAUUCAUCAAUUUAAGUGCAAUAUAAGGCCACUCGCCAAAUUUCACAUCGAUAUUCGAAUUUACAGUGGCGUAGCGUCUGUGUAUGCUACGCUUGCGGCUCAAGCGUAAACAAAUCUAGACAAAUUCUAAAACUCUUGCAACACUUCUAACGGUAAUAAAUACGUUGUAGUGUUAAAGCCAAUGCAUAACAUUUUCCGCAAUAAACGGCUUCUUUUACUGGUCAUGAGCAGCAUGCAGUGAACUCCAGCGCCAACAUGCCAAUUGGCUAUUUUUCCAAGUAAACAGAUGGCCAAAAAUUGUGAAAUUUGAAAAAUCUAAAAAACUGAAGCCCCUCGACAUCACUCUUUUUGCCUGUCGAAAAUAAGAGAAACGUGAAAUGCUUCAGUGCAGCUCGAGAGAAGCUCGAGAGAAGCUUCUGAGACCAGUGAGAAUUUUCCGGACUUGAGCUUUCGGUCCGCCUUGGCGCAAGCAUUCUCAAAUAUUUGAUAAUUCGCAACAUUUUUCUGCCUAUAAGCUGCUUUUUGCGAAUAUUCUUUGCGUGAUGCAUCAUUUCAAAUCUAUUUAUUUUCCAUUCUCUACUUUGUGACUGUUAAAAAGAGAAAAAGCUUCGUCCAAGUGGGGUCAAAGUCUAUUUGUCAUGAUCUGCAUUCCGUAAUUCAAGUCAAAAGGCUUGCCAGUAUAGUCAGAAUUUACGGACCAGGGCAUGCGGUAGACCUGAGCGCAAGCUUUGCCAAAUAGUUGAUGAUUUGCAAGGAACAACUUUCCAAAACCAUUACACAUGUAAGCAUCUUCAAUUCUAACAACUCUCACAGCUCAUACAAUUGAGCUUUUUUCAAAAACUUUUCGCAUGGGUGAUAAUUUUUCCCUUGGCCCCCCUUCACUUUCCAACCUGUGUCGGAGCCUGUGAUGCAAAGAAUAGACACCUUGAUUGAUCAGAAUAAGAGUACAAACGAUUUGUUACUUUCAAAAUCAAAAUUUAUUAUGUGUGAGAAGGAAGAACCGCAGGAUAGGCUGUCCGCCGGAUUCUGUGAAUCUUGCAAUGAUGAGUGUUGCUAUGAAAGAUAUACAGGAACAAAGCAAUACGACGACGAGAAUCCAAUGUCACGAAAUAAAAUUUUCAAAAUAAAUUAAAUUUAAAGAAUAUACUAAUAUUUCGCCCUGGCAUACAGAGUAAAUGAAACGAACGAGUGAAUGGAUUUGAAAUGUGAGAUGGUGGUGCCGGAUUGGUGGAUGUUGAAUGGUGUGAAUGCAGCGCAGUGGAGAAAAAAUGGGAUGAUGGAAGAGGGGGAGGGAAGGGUGGUGGGUGAUGUAAGGGGAUGUGGGUGGUGCUAUGGAGAUUGAUGCAAUGAGAUGAUAAUGAUGACUAUAAACAUGAAAAAUAAUAAUAAUAAUAAUAAUAAUUGUGAUGGAACUGAGAAUAAUGGAAUGUUGAUGAUAGUAAUGGUGGUGAUGAUGAUUAUAAUGGUAGGGAAAAUAUGGUGUGGGUUGUGAGGGCGGUGAUAAGUUGUUUUGUAAAGUAAACGGUCGGUAGUUCUGUUCAUGCCGUUGGGGGUGAGGGUGUUCGCCAGGCCAAUGAGAUAUUGCUCCUUAGCUCGACGAACACUCUCUCGUUUGUCUUUAAGUCUAAGUAGUGGUGUGAUGGCAAGGUCGUGGAUGGUGUGUGCUGAGCUGCAGAAAUGUUCUGCAACACCAGACUUUUCUUCUUUUUUGUUGAAAAUUUAUUAUCACGAUUAUCAUUAAUUACCGUUUGUAUUUUUAAGAAGCUGAAAUUAAGAUUACAUUCAUUCAACAUGGCCGUAUAUUUUAUGUUACCGCAUGCCUUAGUUCUGCGCUCACGCUACGCCACUGCAAAUUUAUACGGGCUCAGUAAGGAGAAAGUUCCUUUUUCCCACUAUUCAAAAUGGCGGAAGUAAACAAAUUUGCCUCACAGCGUACCUGUGAGUUAGACAUCCAGCGCCUUCGGCGCUUCUAUAUCAUUGCCCUGUGGUGUUAGAACGAGGAUAUCCUUUUCGAAGAAACAGGAAGCUCUUCCUGAUAUGGAUGUCAUGUGACCACAGAAUUGGUCAUUAGGUUUGUAAAAAGAAGGCUUUGAUCUGAAGCUGUGUGAAUAAAGGAAAGCGAAAGAAAACUUUAUUUGUGCUUCCUUAUUCGUAGAAGAGAAAACUACGAGAGGAUUUUGAAAGCAGAAUAAAAACAGACUCAAGAUCAGUUGCUUCAACAAUCAUGUUGAAGCUUCAAAAGCAAUAUAAUUGAGCAAUGGAGAUCCCAAGAACAGCAAUUAUCAUUCUUGGCUGUCUUGCUCUGAUUUUGUUCAUCGCAUUAGUGGGUCAUCUUAUCUACAAAGUUUGGGAGUAUUGGCGAAUUCGAAGAGAGCGAUUCAAAUAUAAUCUUAUCUCUGACAAAUAUUCCAGAAAGAUAUCUCAGAGCAAAGUUGCAUCCCCAAAGUUUUCGAUCAAUUUUCCCACCGCACCGGUUUUUCUUCAACUCAGCAGCAAAGAAUCACUCAGCAACAAGCAUAUUAUAGGAACUGCAGAGGAGAAGAAUACGGGAAAGUUGAAGGAAAGAAGACGGAAGUAUGGAAUAGCGCAAGAGGAUAGUUGCCCGUUAGAAAAAGAAUGGCAAUAUAGACGCAACAGAAGGGUUCACUCUGAGUCUGACAUUUCUAUUUUCCAAAACCAUGUCGAUAAUAAGAAGGAGCAAAAAUCACGACGAGCUAAGAGUGAGUUAGAAGUUAGAGUUAGGCCAAGAAGAGUUACCUCUCAAUCCACGCUGCGUGUUGUCUCUGAAGUUGGCGGAGAGCUUGAGUUCACGACAUUUUAUCACAGUGACAAAAAUCUGCUUGUUAUUAAGAUCACCCAAGUGUUUGAUGUUUCUGAAAUCAUGCCAGAACUUUUUGCUGAUCGAUGUGAUGUAGUGGACGAUGAUGCAGAGAAACCAGGUGACCAUCCAUACUUGGUACGGCAGAAAAAUGGAAUGCUCACGUUCAGCGAUCUGAGCCAACUUGGCUUGGCAGUAGAGGUAAUGAAAUACCCAAGAAAGGAGCAUGUCGGCACCACGGACUAUCAGUUCGGAUUGCAGAACCCAACCUUCAAUGAGACAUUCACGAUUCAUUGCCGAAGUUAUAACCAGUUUUUGAAGUUGCUGCUUCGAUUCCAAGUUGUGUUGAGAUAUGGCCGGCUGCCUCAAAUGCCAGUUAUCAUUGGAGAAACCGUCUUACCCGCUCGGGAUUGCAGACAAGACACCCUGAACACGUAUAGACAGCACUUGAAGCAUCCAAUGGAAGAAAAAGAACUGGAGUCGUCUGCAGAUGACCAGAUUGGAAGUGGUCAAAUGACAGUCUCCGUACGCUACCAGCUUUUGCGUCAUUUGCUUACCGUUCGCAUUGUGGAUGCAUCUUACACCACCAAAUUUGGCAUUCAGCAACCAAGCACUUCUGUCAAGAUUGGUGUUUACAUGGCGGAAGAGCGAGUAUACAGGCAGGUGUCAGAUGUUGUUAAAAGGACAACCAACCCGCAAUUCAAUAAAACGUUUGAUUUUGAUGUACCUUUAGAGAGGCUGGUAGAAACGGGGAUCUUGAUCGAGGUGAGAAACCACUCGACCGUGCAGAAGAAUACACUUGGCUUCGUGCACAUUGGUGCCACUGCCAAAAGGCCUGCUUGUGACCAUUGGAAAGAAGUUCUAGCUUUUUCUGAGUUCAAUUCAGAAUGCGUCUUGGAUAUCACUGCUAAUAAGCCAACGAAAAUCUGUUAGAAGUAAUCAUU